AUGGCCAAGGGAAAAAUCGAUCACGAUGAGAGAUUUGCCACCACAACGUCUUAUCAUGGAGUGGCACAUAUCUACGAUAGUAAUAACAGUAAAAAGACCAAGUCAAUUUGGAUUAUCCUAGUCAUUUUAGCCACAGCUAUUUGUAUUAGCCAAUGUGUUAUCAUCAUUUAUAAUGCUAGCUUAUUACCGACACGAAUGGUUAUUCGCAAACGAUUAAUGAAUUCAUCCGUCUUCCCAUCAGUGACGAUAUGUAAUACGAAUGAUUUCGAUUAUACCGGUUUACCAGCAAACGAUUUAAAUCAUCUAUCAUCGAUAGUCAAUGCAAUCUAUGGCUAUACUCCUGCUUCUGCUGCUGACGAUGCUAUCCAAUACUUCGUUCAAAAACAUGGUGAUGAUUUUCAAAUUAAUAAUUAUACUCGUAUGGCUGGCCAUAAAUUAAAAAAUAUGUUGCUCUCUUGCACAUGGAUGGGAGAACCUUGCACGGUCAACGAUUUUACCAAUAUCAUUUCUAAUGGAGGUAGUUGUUUCACAUUUAAUCCUGGCACCAAUGCUAUACCAUUAAAGAAUCAGACUGUCAGUGGCAAUAUUAAUGGUUUAAGGCUCAUUUUAAAUGUUGAACAAUACAAAUAUUACUCCCCACUUUUUUCUCCACAAGCACCAGAUGCUGGUAUUCGAUUUACCAUAAACUAUUAUAAGCAGCCACCCAAUUUCAUCUCCAAACCUUACUAUGCUCCGACUGGUUUCCAUACUUAUGUUCCAAUCACUCUUCACCGUGAUAAAAGAUUAACGAAGCCGUGGGGAGAGUGUGGAGAGCUGUUGCUAAAAGAUCACUCGUAUUAUUCUCGUGAUGCUUGUCUUACUGAAUAUGCGUCAGAAUUGGCAGGAUUAACGUGUAACUGCUCCAGUUCAGGCCAGACAGUUGUUACUCGAAUGUCUCUCAGUCAAAAUUUAUCCGUUUGCCCGAUUGCUUGCGAAACAUAUAGCUAUCCAACUGAAAUCUCUCAAUCAUCACUUGGAACAUUUGCUUUUAGCAGAGUUCUAGAUUCAGUGAUUAAUAUAUCUACAAUUCUUGGCAAGGCCAAAGAUGAGCAUUGGAUUCCUCCUAGUCUGCCGUAUUCUGUAUCUGAAUUCAUCAGGGACAACAUUGUUUACUUAGAUAUCUAUUACUCUGAUCUACGUGUAACUGAAACAGAACAGCAAGAAGAUACCGGAUUUUCUAAAGUUUUAAGUGAGAUAGGAGGCCAAUUGGGACUAUGCAUAGGUGCUAGUGUAAUAACACUUUGCGAAAUCAUCCAGUACCUCAUCGGAAAAUUUUUUACUUCUGAGAAAAAAACGAACCUCAAUAAACGACAGAAUACUACAUCACCCUUGUUCUAUAACAGAAAUUCACCCGAUGCUGAUGCAACAAAUCCAGAUAUGUAA